CGUACGCGGCUGGAGCGCCCCAGCUGUUUAGUGCGGUGUGUGGUAGAAACAGUCACGUAGUCCCCGGGGUGAGGGCGGAUGGAGACCGCGGCCUGACCCGGCAGGGAGCGCUCGUACCGGACGGUGACCCCCUCCUCUCACACCUAUGUGACGGGCGGAGCUCGGCUUUGGCCUUUUGUCACCAUGGGCCUCAUCUUCGCGAAGCUGUGGAACUUCUUCUGCAACCAAGAGCACAAGGUGAUCAUUGUCGGACUCGAUAAUGCAGGAAAGACCACUAUUCUUUACCAGUUUUUAAUGAAUGAAGUGGUUCACACCUCCCCGACCAUCGGCAGCAAUGUGGAGGAAAUUGUGGUCAAGAACACCCACUUUCUGAUGUGGGACAUUGGAGGUCAGGAGUCGCUGCGAUCGUCGUGGAACACCUACUAUUCUAACACAGAGUUUAUUAUCCUGGUUGUGGACAGCACUGACCGAGAGAGGCUCUCCAUCUCUAAAGAGGAGCUCUACAGAAUGCUCGCCCAUGAGGAUUUACGGAAGGCGGCGGUUCUCAUCUUUGCAAACAAGCAGGAUAUGAAUGGGUGCUUGACGGCAGCCGACAUUUCCAAAUACCUCACCCUCAGCUCUAUAAAGGAUCACCCAUGGCAUAUCCAGUCCUGCUGCGCGCUCACAGGAGAGGGGUUAUAUCAAGGUCUUGAAUGGAUGACUUGCCGAACUGGCGUGAGAUAACGGGACCCGGUUGUGGACUCCUUCCAGUACCUUUUUACACUACGACAUCUCCAUGCUUAAUUUAUACGAGAAUCUGAUCGGUCUCUGAGCCACACUUGAAUCAAGUGAUGCUGCAUCAGGGAAAUACGUGAGACCCUCAGACUGUACUGCACACGACCUCUGACGGACAAUUUUCAUACAGAUUACUGUAGUCAUUUGAACAUUAAUACUCACUGCUGCUUGUUUUUUUUUUUUUUUUUUUUUUUUUUAAAGCUGUUUUUAACAGUUCAUCUACAUCAUUGUCAGCAUAGGCAAGCGGUGCCACUUCUCUAGAUGUGGCGUUGGCGUCCUGAAAGCCGUAGUUCCACAUCGGUCACAGACACAGCUGCUGAAUUCUGGAUUUUAAAGGGUCAAUAUUUCUUUUUAUUAUAUUUCUAUGGGUGAUGCUACCGCACCCAUACACCUGUUACAUUUUUUUGCAGUUCUUAGCAGCAUAUUAUUGUGGGAAAUCCGAAAAACUUCGGCUAGGGCUAUACGGCGAUAUUUGCUUGCACAUAUGUUACAUUUGUAUUUCACCAUUUACCGACUAAUGGGAAAAGAAACGGCAAGAACCUUGUGGCCUUUGCAAAAAUGGCACCAUAUUGUGAAAUUUUCAAGAUCAUUUGUAAGUUUGACAGGAAGAGAGGCAGGAAGAGAACUCUCUAGUGCCCUCUAUAGGAGGCAGAGGGCUAAUUUUGCAUACCUUUUAACCAUGAACCAUUGCCCUGAAGUCUCCCUUGUGGUUGGAUCUCCAUAAGGAGCCUCAGUACCUUCUAGAGCGAACCAUUGAAGCCAUGUGCAAAGCACCGUAAUGUCACUAUUUUACCAUGACACGUGCUGGCUGCAAUGGAGCCCUAACUGAAAACUCUUUUCUUAAAUGUUUUUUUUUAAGAUUCUUGCAUUUCAGAUGAAGUUCACUGCCAUCAAUUUCAUUUUCUGUAAGUAAAUGUCUUUACUGUGUUUUUUUUUUUAAUGCUUUUUGAAUUAUUUUAUUACUUUAAUACAGGGAUUGUUGCGGGGGAAGGGUAGGUCAGGUUAUUUGGGGAUAGUGUCAUAUUAUAUUGGGAAUAAAGAGGCUCGGAAGGCUUUCAACGCUUGAGUUGACGUCUCUUGCGUUUUACGGCGAUAAAGAGGUUAAAUAUUCAUGGCAGGUUGUAACUAGCAUAUUAUGUCUAACAUGCAUUGGCUUCGGUACGGAGGUCCUAAGAUUUCAAUGAUAUGUGAUCAGUCAUGGGAUUUUAUUUUUCGUGUGAUAUAGGAGGGGGAAACAAGUGAACUGUAAAAUUAGGAGUAUGGUUUGGAGAAUGAAAGCUAUAAUAUUGAGGCCUAUACGCACAUACAAAACAUUCCCCCUAUAUACUCCUUUAUUGAUGGUCACUUAUGGGUUACAGAGUUGCAGGUUUGGCCUAAGCAUGUCUGAUUUAGAUCUAUUUAGUCUCUGAAUUAGUUUUUUUUAGAUUAGUCCGACCCUCUUUCAGUAAUGAAAAGCGGGACUUUUUGGACAGCAGCAUGUCCGAUCGCUUCUUCGCCUUUGGAGAGAUGUGCGUUGCUGGUUGUAUCCGACAGCGAUCUACCCUCCUUUCCCCAAAGAAAUAUACAUGCCCGGUGAAUCCAGGGAGACGCUAUAUUCUUAGCAGAACCUAGCAGGUUGAUUGAAGCCACCAAUUAAUACCUCAUUUGUAUAGCUAACUUUCAAUACAGGGAUGGACAAAACCUUUGUAAAUACUAGUCUGUUCUAACACUCCACAUACUACUUUGCCUUUUUUGGCGACCGGGCCAUGGAAGCUUCCAUAUAAAAAAACAGAUGGUGCCACAUAACGGUUUGUUUUUUUGUGGUGCAAAUAUUCUGCUAAUGAAUGUCUUAAGAUAUUAUAGUGGUCGAGGCUGCAAAUCACCUGCACAGACAGAUUUAAGACCUGCCUGCAGCCACCACUAGGGGGAGCUGAUUGCAUGCAGUUGUACAUUUAACUCAAGUGCACUGAAGCCUCCAUUGCUGUAGACUGCAACCAGUCAGUGGCUCGGUACAUUGGUCAUGUAAGCCCCCAUUCUACAGAUAGGUGCAGGUUUCGGCGGCGAGCCCCGUGUCUGUGACAUAAGUGCAAAUUCCCCUUUCAGUCCAGGUCAUGGUAAACUGCGUGGCUCAUCAGGCAGAGUCGAUUAUAGGACAUUCAAAUGAAGGGACUUGUGAGAUCUGUGUCCAAACUUUAAUGUAUUGUAACUUACAGUAGACAGAACCAAUAAUUGAGUGCCUUUAAUAUAUGCACCCUAUAGGAGCUGUGAAUGUGUAAACCUCAAUUUUUACAGACCCAUAGUAGCUCCACUGCAUGGACAGGGCUAUCCUUAAUGCAAGGCAAAUCUGGACAGAUGCCAAGACUCCCCAGUCAUGGUUAUAUGGGUGAAUAUGAUCCAGGCAUGUCAUGUGAGGUGAGCUGGACACCGUGUCCACUGUGACACUCGACAAAGGGUGGACGUUGUGAUGGGAGAGGUCCUGCUUAUUGGGAAAAACCAUUGACAUUCUGCACCUUUUCUUAUAUCUUUAGCAUCAGAAUAUAGACUGGAUGUCAUUAUGGACAAAUGUCAUGUUCAAAUGACCUUCCAGAGCUGUAAUUGAUGCGCAAUCCUUACAAUGGGUCAUAGGUAUCAGAUUGGUGGGGUUGUCAGGAGUCUGGUCCCCACCUGUCUGAUAUUGAUGACCUAACCUAAGGAUUGCUCAUUAUUACACUCCAGGAAAAGGUCUUUAAGCAGUUGGCUACCUUGGACUUGCAUCAACUCAUAAAUCCUGACACUUGGCCUGUUCUAAUAGCGUGUUUGGUCCAGGAAGCAGUCCAUGUGAGGGUCUCCUAUCCCGGACUGACCGCUGCUCCAACCUAAACUCACUGCAUUAUUGUGAUCUAUGAUGCUGAGAGUUUGUGUGGCCGCAGGUCUACUGUACUGUAAUCUCACAAUGCUGUGACUACAGUAGACUUGCUGGAAGGCAGGAACUCGCAGCAUCAUAAAUCCCUACGAUGCCCUGAGUUUGGGUCGGACGAGCUGCGUUCAGUCUGGGAAAUGCAGUCGUUGCACAGACUUUGUUUCCUGGACCAAACGCGCUUAUGUAAAACCAGCCUUGAAGUGAGCGGAGGAAACAAUUUGUUUUUGAAUUUAAGGGGAGGCUCAGGGUAUUGGUAAAAAAAAAAUUGGAUUGGUCUCUGACAACCCAACAAGUCUUUUAGAAAUGUAUAGCAUGUUGGGCUUUUAUUGAUUUUAUUUUUUAUUUUUUUGUCUCCUCCUGCUUCAUUUUUUUAAAAUAAUUUUGACUUGUGUCUAUUAGUUCAAAACCAACAAAAGGUCAAUUCUGCCACGCUAGUGUUUUUAUUUGGUCUAUGUAUUAUAAUUGAGGUGCUUUAUAUGCUGCCCCCUUCUUUCCAAAUGAAACGGGCAAGCUCACUAGUCUAUUCAUUUUAAAAAUGAAGAUGUGACCAAAGUAUUACAUCUUUUGUCAGGUUAUGACUAUGGUAAAUCUAUAAACGUCUUUCAAAAACCAAUUAUUUUUUUUUCUUUUUAAUUUCUGAAUAAAUAUUUAAUGCAUUUUA